UUUUUUUUUUUUUUUUUGGCGUAGACUUGAAGUCGAGUUCAAGUCCAAACGUCUGGCUCCGAAAAGUCAUUUUUGUUAUGCUGCUCUCUUGCUCAAGAAUCAGCGCUUCCAUUUGCAGUAUGCCUCAGAUUUGAAUGCGUUCCGAUCUGUGUAGCUGUUUUGGUUCUGGUCGGGUCUGCAGAGUGUGUUUCUGUUGAUGUAGAGGUGUGGAUAUGCAGAGGUCUACGCGCCCUUUUGUUUUAUACUUCCAAUUUUUUGAGAGAUUCGCCUGUGACUGAGAUCUGCUAUGGCCGGUUGGAGUUUGAGAUAUACUGUCAAGACAUAUAGGUCUGUGUGAGCUGCUAUGCACGGUUAAUAACAGAAGAUGAAGAAAUGGUACUUUGGUGUUCUAGCCACAUCAGUCUUGAUGUUUCUCAUUUUCGGGUAUUACGUAACUACAAACCCGAUUGAUCAAAGCUAUUUCACAACCCCACUGAACUUGAAUGGCACAAAUCCUCUUGAGUGGAUAGGCCCUGGUGGUGGCCCACCUGCAUUUCCAAACCCAGAAAAUGCAUCUCAAGUGAUUUCAGUUGAUGCUAUCGUAUCUCAUCUUUUUGCUCAAAGGAACCUAUCAAAAGAGGAAAAAAGUUCUUUGCAGACAUGGAACCAUUUGAAGUACUUGGUCAGCAAUGCCCAGGGCUUACCUAAUGCUGCUGAAGCUAUUAAAGAAGCCGGUGCUGGAUGGAAUAAGUUGAUUACCUCAGUCGAGCAAGAAAAGCUUCAGACUAAUGGAAGUCUGUCAAAGAGAGGGAAAGACAAACAGUGUCCUCAUUUUCUUAGUAAAAUGAAUGCCUCAGAACUUGAUGAUAAUGGGUUUAAGCUGCAGGUUCCUUGUGGGUUGACUCAGGGUUCUUCAAUCACGUUGAUUGGAAUUCCUAAUGGUCUUCUUGGUAAUUUCCGAAUAGACCUGACUGGCGAACUUCUUCCAGGGGAGCCCGAUCCUCCUAUUAUAUUGCACUAUAAUGUUAGAUUGCAUGGGGAUAAAGUGACUGAAGAUCCAGUGAUUGUUCAAAAUACAUGGGCAAUUGGACAUGACUGGGGUGCGGAGGAGCGCUGCCCUUCUCUUGAACCGGAGAAAAUUAAAAAAGUUGAUGAGCUGGAUCAGUGCAAUGGGUUUUUGGGUAAAGAGACUAACCAGACUGUCAAACCUAACCAACUUGGUAAUGGAAAACCAAGAAAGUAUUUUCCGUUCAAGCAAAACGACUUAUUUGUUGCUACACUCAGAGUAGGCUCGGAAGGGAUCCAAAUGACUGUGGAUGGAAAGCACAUAACUUCGUUCGCUUUCCGUGAAACUCUGGAACCGUGGCUUGUUAGCGAAGUACGAAUUUCGGGGGAUAUAAAUUUAAUCUCCGUUGUGGCCAGUGGAUUACCGACGUCGGAGGAUUCGGAACACAUAAUCGACUUGGACUCUCUUAAAUCUGUCCCAAUACCUCCUAAAAAAGUAAUGAAUCUUUUUAUUGGAAUUUUUUCCACCGCCAACAAUUUCAAGCGUAGAAUGGCAGUUCGAAGAUCGUGGAUGCAGUAUCCUCAAGUGCGGUCGGGGCAGCAUAAAAACCAGAUGGUGAAUGAGGAGCUUUGGAACGAGGCUCGGACAUACCAGGACAUCCAGCUUAUGCCUUUUGUUGACUACUACAGUCUCAUUACAUGGAAAACAAUCGCCAUCUGCGUCUUUGGGAAUGAGGUUGUCUCGGCUAAAUAUAUCAUGAAGACGGAUGAUGAUGCAUUCGUCCGUGUGGAUGAAAUAUUGAAUACUUUACAAAGGAUUAAUACGAACCGAGGUUUGCUGUAUGGCCUAAUAAAUUCGGGUUCACAGCCUCAUCGAAGUCCCGACAGCAAGUGGUAUAUUAGUCCCGAGACUGAAGCAGUCUUCAUCUUUGUUAAAUUUUGCGCAAAAUUCUCCAAGAUAGAGAUCUCUCAGUUUCAAGAAUGGCCACAUGAUGAAUAUCCACCCUUUGCGCAUGGUCCUGGUUAUGUCGUGUCAAGUGAUAUAGCAAGAACAGUGGCCAAAAAGCAUCGAAUAGGACAAUUAAAGAUAUUUAAACUGGAAGAUGUUUCGAUGGGAAUUUGGAUUGACGAAAUGAAAAAAAGCGGAGUAAUAGUGAAAUACGAGAAGGACGAAAGGAUUAUGAAUGAGGGUUGUAAGGAUGGUUAUGUGGUGGCUCAUUACCAAGGCCCGAGAGAGAUGCUCUGUUUGUGGCAAAAGAUUCAGGAGAAAAAACGCGCCAUCUGUUGUGGAGAUUAAGUCAUAUAUAUAUAUAUGAGACAUAUUUGGCUAUGCUCUCAUUGUAGGAAGAGUUGGAUAUUAAUAGAUUUACCAUUAGGUGAUAUUAGUAUAUAAUAAGACAUGCUAAGAUUGUAGGGUUUAGGAAUACUUGGUAUGCUGUCCAUUUUCUGAUGAGGGAUUUUUCACUUGUACAGAGAGAGAGAGAGAGAGAGAG